CAACCCUACUGUAGCAGGGCAGAAAAGAGGGACGAAGCAUCAGAAAUCAGAAUGGAGUCAGACAUCAACUGCUGCUUAACUGGAAAUAUCUGGACCUCAUGAGGCUGUCAUCAACCUGUUGUAUUGGGUCAAACAUCUGCAAGAGCAUGGAUCUUCACCUAGGAUGCUGAGCAAUUUACUUUACACAAAGGGAUUUACCCCAAGAGCUUGACUGUCCGACUUAAUUAUGUGGAAUUUCUAGAUGCAACAACUCCCAAUUCUGAUUUGACCUGAGCUGUAAGAGCGCACAAGAAGAUCAUGGGACAUCCAGCCAUAAAGACAUCUCCGAUACAAACCGAUCCAGUUAUGCAAGAAUAAUGGCCGUGAAGUUUGAUCCCAUGGUUUCCUCUCUCUCAAAUCAGCCAGAGCCAAAUCUUACAACUGUCCCAUGGGAGCAACAUCCAACAGUUCCUUCCGACGUGGGUGUGGUCACAAGCUCCCAGUCGCAGCUGAAAGACCUUUUUGGCUUGUUUUGCAUGGUGACGCUGAACCUAAUUGCUUUGUUGGGCAACAUUGGAGUGAUGGUGGCCAUUGCUCGUGCUCCGCACCUGAAAAGGUUUGCUUUCGUAUGCCACCUUUGCGCUGUGGACCUGCUAUGCGCCAUUCUCCUCAUGCCCCUGGGGAUCAUAUCUAGCUCGCCCUUUUUCGGCACCGUCGUGUUCACUGUUCUGGAGUGUCAGGUUUACCUCUUCCUCAAUGUAUUUCUCAUCUGUUUAUCCAUUCUUACUAUCACGGCCAUCAGCGUGGAGCGCUACUUCUACAUUGUCCACCCAAUGCGUUAUGAAGUCAAGAUGACCAUCAAUUUAGCUAUCGGUGUCAUGCUCCUUAUCUGGCUCAAGUCAGUUCUCUUGGCUUUGUUCACUCUGUUUGGAUGGCCGGCAUAUGGAAACCAAAGCUCAAUUGCUGCAGCCCACUGCUCUCUCCAUGCAAGCCACAGCCGCCUUAGGGGAGUAUUUGCAGUGCUCUACAGUGUUCUCUGUUUCCUGCUUCCUUCAGUGAUUAUCUUUGCCGUUUACUGCGCCGUGUACAAGGUCGCUCGUUCGGCUGCCUUGCAACAAGUGCCGACUGUCUCCACAUGGGCCAAUGAAAACCCGGAUAAGAAUCGGUCUGACUCUAUCAGCAGCCAGACCACCAUGAUCAACACCAACCGUUCUCUGCCCCAGAGACUUUCACCAAAGAGGGCGUUCAGCGGGGGCAAGGCAGCCCUCACCUUGGUAUUCAUUGUGGGUCAGUUCUUGAUUUGCUGGCUGCCCUACUUCAUCUUCCACCUGCAAAUGUCUCUGACUGGCUCCAUGCACAGCCCGGGAGACUUAGAAGAGGCCGUCAACUGGCUCGCUUUCUCCUCAUUUGCAGUGAACCCGUUUUUCUAUGGUUUGCUGAACAGGCAGAUCAGAGAAGAACUGGUCAAGUUUCGCCGCUGCUGCCUGACCCAGCUUGUGGAUUUAGGUGUUUCCAGCCACGAGGGCUCCCUGCAAGAGAACUUCCUCCAAUUCAUCCAGAGAACCAGCAGCACAGCAGAAACCCGCUCCAGCAGUGUCAACACCAGUCCCAAAAACACUAUGGACCACAGGGUUAAGAUCCCUGGGCAAAUACCAGAAGUUCACAAUUAGGUCUAAUGUUUGGAUGUUACAUUUUUCUAUACUU